AGUCAGUUCUUUUUUUUCGAACGAAAGAAAAACAUCUUGCUCAACUCUCAUUGUUUUUAUCGAUAAAUCAAUUAUGCAAACAAUUUACUUAGUCUCUCUUGAUAUAAGUAACAAAUCAUGAAUGUUCGUUAUGCGAAAUAUUGUACAGAGGUCGACAAAUAUGAUCCUGUAAUGGUUGGAAGUAUUGAUGGAACGGACGAAGAAGCUCACGACAAAGCAAUCAUUAGGGCUUCGGAAGCUAAAUAUAAACCUAACAAAGGAACUGUUGGAAAUGCCAAAAAGACUCUUUUUGUUUUUAAUUUGAAUAGUGACACUAAAGAAGAAACAUUGACAAAAGUAUUUAAAAAACACGGCACUUUAAGAAAUGUUCGAGUAGUUCGAGAUAUUGUGACAGGUGAUAGUAAAAAUUAUGCGUUUGUUGAGUUUAAGCACUCGAGUGAUGCUGGCAAUGCACUAAAACACUGCGAUGGAUUACACUUGGAGGGAAAUCGAAUUAAAGUAGAGCAAGAGCUGGAGCGAACUUUGAAAGGUUGGGUACCUAGGAGAUUAGGAGGAGGCUUGGGUGGUAGAAAAGAAGCAGGUCAAUUGAGAUUCGGAGGUAAAUAUCGUCCAUGGGCAAAACCUAUUUUAAAAGAACAAAAGCUAUCAAGCAAAAGAAAACGAUCAAGGAGCAGAUCAAAAGAGAGAAGAGGAGUUAAUGAUAAAAGAAAUCGACAUAGUGCAGUUCAAGAAUAUUUUAAAAGAGAUAUAGAAGAGAAAAAAUAA